AUGAUCUCCAGCAGAUUAGCUACACGCGGAUCAAUCGCCUCUGGGCGAGCGACAGCCCAGCUCCUCAGGUCUUUCAACACCUCUGCGUUACGACCAACAUUCGUAGUUGUUCAGCAUGUUCAGCUGGCCCCGGCUAGUCAACGCCACUUUUCCUCAUCGGAAAGUCCCAAAAUCCAGAAAUUCUUCGAGGAGAAGGAGACAGAAUUAGUUCGCCGGACACCCGCGGCAUGGCCUCAUCCAGAGUUCAACGAAGACCAGAUGAAUGCAGUCACCGUCGCUCAUCGAGAAACCCAGACAGCAUCAGACAAAGCUGCCCUGAUUGCUGUCAAGAUACUGCGAUGGAAUCUUGAUGUGGUCACGGGCUACACGCACAAGCAAGGUGCUAUGACCGAAGAAAAAUACAUGAUCCGAAACGUAUUUCUCGAGAGCGUAGCAGGCGUACCCGGAAUGGUUGCGGGUAUGAUCAGGCAUCUCAACUCAAUGAGGCGGAUGAAGCGAGACAAUGGAUGGAUCGAGUCACUGCUUGAAGAAAGCUACAACGAACGAAUGCAUCUGCUCACCUUCCUCAAGAUAAGUAAGCCUGGCCCCUUCAUGCGCCUUAUGGUUUUGGGCGCUCAGGGAAUCUGGUGCAAUGCGUUGUUCUUCGCGUACCUCAUCAGCCCUCGCACCGUCCACCGCUUUGUCGGAUACCUUGAAGAGGAAGCUGUCGUCACAUACACGCGCCAAUUGGAAGACCUUGACGCCGGGCGCUUGCCCAAGUGGGAGAAGCUGCAGGCUCCCGACAUUGCGAUUGACUACUGGAAUAUGCCUGAAGGUCACCGCACGAUGCGAGAUCUACUUUUAUAUAUCCGUGCAGACGAGAGCAAGCAUCGGGAGGUGAACCACACUCUCGGCAAUCUCAACCAGAAAGAAGACCCAAACCCCUACGCGAGCGAGUACAAGGACCUGUCGAAGCCACACCCAAGCAAAGAUCUUGCGCACCCGAAACCCACUGGCUGGGAACGACACGAGAUAAUCUAA